AUGGAGCUGUCAGUGAAAACUAUAGUGAAAUCAUCUUUGAGAGAAUUCUUGUUCAUAACCCUCAUCUUUAUACUCCUACUUUCAUUUUACCAGAUUCAGUUCAUAUCUAAUCUAAUGGUGCUUGUUAUCCUCGUUGCCGAUCAAUAUGAAAAGUCACUACCUUUGCUUAACCAUUAUGUUCGCACAUGCUUUAUCUAUAAUUUCAUCUAUCUGGUUUUCUUCCUAAUCUUCUAUCUUCUCUCUACCACAGCAAUGAUCUUCACCAUAGCUUCUCAUUACGUUUCCAAACCUAUUUCUUGUGUUUUCAUUCUUUUCGCUAUUCCCGGUUUAUCAAAACGUAUUUUAAUCACCUUCCUCUACGCAUUACCUCUUAUGAUCGGUGCCUAUGUAGCCAACUUUGCUUUCUUUUAUCUGGUAGAUAUAAUACCCAAAUUGAAUAACGUUACAGCUAUCAUGUUUGCUACCAUCUACAUUAUCUUCGUCACUGGUGUUGAUGUGUAUAUUAUAGCAUUCUGGAACUUAGCCAACGUGAUUUCGGCUCUCGAACCAAAUGUUCAUGGUUUAUCAGCCAUGAAAAGGAGUAAACAACUCUUGCAGGGGAAAACUCUAGUUUCAAUUUUUCUUGUACUCGUCUACCUGCUUGCUACUUCUGUAAUUCUUUUUAUUGCAGGCUUGAUUAUGGUCACCAACAUUCAUAUCAUAGUUAGGAUUCUUUUGUUUGCUUUCUGUGUGAUCAUAAUGGCCGGGGUAAACUUCGUAGCAUUGAUUGGCCAAAGCAUUCUGUAUUAUGCUUGCAAGAGUUACCACAAUCAAGUGAUUGCUAAAGAGGUUUUGUAUGCGCAUCUUGAUGGGAAAGAAUCUGGUAACAGUAACAGCACUGAAGGUGAUAACAUGGAAGCUUAA